AUGAGUGAGCUCUCUGUGCAGGCAGGCUGUCUCCUAUGGGGACACAGGGUGAUUAUUCCACCCGUGUUGCGUAAAAAGCUUCUACAUCAGCUACACACAGGUCACAGUGGCAUGGUCCGUAUGAAAGAACUGGCCAGGAGCUAUUUCUGGUGGCCUGGACUUGAUAGUGAGAUAGAAGAGACUGUAAGAACAUGUUCAUCAUGUUAAAAUAUCCGCUGCAUGCCACAACCAGCACCGCUCCAUCCAUGGGAUUGGCCAGAGGAACCAUGGUAACGCAUCCAUGUUGAUUUUGCAGGUCCUUUGGAAGAGAGGAUGUUUCUAAUAGCAAUAGACGCUCAUAGUAAAUGGCCGGAGGUGUCCAUUAUGAGAUCUACAACAGCAGAGAAAACCAUUGAAAAGCUUGGGGAAAUGUUCAGCCAAUUUGGUUUUCCUGAGCAACUUGUGAGUGACAAUGGAACUCAGUUCACCUCGCAAGAGUUCCAAAACUUUCUCGAGAUUAACGGGGUGCAACACAUCCGCUUUGCCCCAUACCAUCCAUCUACUAAUGGAGCAGCAGAAUGGUUUGUUCAGAGCAUGAAACAUGCCUUGAAGGUUUCACAGGGACAAGGCUCCCUCCACCAGCGCCUGAACAGUUUCUUGCUCACAUAUAGAAACACUACACACUCAACCACAAAGGCUACUCCUGCAGCGCUUCUCAUUAAGAGACAGCUUCGUACCAGCCUCGACCUUCUGAAACCACCGAAGAUCAAAGACAUUGUUCCACUGAACCAGCAGACUCAGGUUGAGAGAUGCAAGCAAAGAGCAAAGGAAAGGAUUUUCUUCCGCCGGAACCCCGCAGGUGAUGGCAGCCGUCUCCUCAAGGCUCCAGCUUCUGCGUUUUCCGGCACGCCUGCCUUCUUCUCUCCCUCGAGCUUCAUCCACAGGAACCCACAGCCACGAGCACCUUCACGAGUUGGACCCGCCACCACGACCCUCUCCACGGAACCUCCCUCACGACAUCCUUCCCCGCACCUCGACACCAACGACCGCCUUCUCGGAUUCCCUCACCACGACUGGGACCCCUCUACUGGACCCCUCACCUGGUUUCCCUCCACAACCCCCCACUACAACAACCCCCUAACAUAUGUCCUCACAACAGCAAAGCUGAAUGCAACAGGCCAUCGCUGGGUUGGUGAAUUGGCUGACUUCAACUUUACAAUCAGGUAUCGACCUGGGAAGAAGAAUGCAGAUGCUGACGGCCUGUCCAGGUUACACCUGGACAUCAACCAGUACAUGGCCCAGUGUACAGCAGAGGUAAAGCAGGAUGUUAUCAGGGCUGCCGUGGAGAGUGCAGUGUUGCAGAGACAGAAUGUCUUCUGUGACACCACUGUAGUCAACCAGAGUGCCAUCAGCCUAGUGCAAGAUCCCACACCACUGUCUGCUGGAAAAUUGCUCUCCCAAGAGGAAAUCAGAGCAAGUCAGGAAAAAGACUCUGUGAUUGGUUGUGUCCUGCGCUUCAAAGCUAAUGACUAUCUGCCAAAAGGUCGUGCUCUGAAAGCAGAACCACCCGAUGUCAGAAUCCUGCUGAGACAGUGGAACAGACUACAUGUCAAUGAUGAUGGAGUUCUCUACAGGAGAGCCAAUGGCAGAGAUCAGCUCGUGCUCCCCAAAGAACACCAUGACACUGUCUUCAGAGAACUACACAAGGAAAUGGGACACCUUGGGGCAGAAAGGACUCUGGGGCUGAUAAGAGACAGGUUCUAUUGGCCCAGAAUGCAAAGUGAUGUGGAGCAUUUUGUGAUGCAUGCCUACUUUUUACAUCUUGAGACCUGCAAACAUGGGUAUGAGUACAUCUUAGUGGUGAUGGACCACUUUACACGUUUUGCACAGGCGUAUGCAACAAAAAACAAGUCAGCAAAAACAGUGGUGGAAAAGGUCUUCAAUCACUUUGCACUCACCUUUGGCUUUCCAGUUAGAAUCCAUCACGACAUGGGAAGAGAGUUUGAGAACCAGAUGUUUUCCCAGCUGCAAAAGCUCCCUCCUGUUGUUCGUUUUGUGGCGCUGGCUGAUCUGCCUGCUCCUGCGCUGCAGCUAGGUGGGGGCGUCCCCUCACCUGGCUGA